AUGGUUGAAAAUAGAGCAGUUAAAGCGGAAAACGAAAAUAUUUCGUCGGAUUCCAAAGAAAAAACUAUGGGAAAAAAGAAAGAAGUAAAAGAUGAUAAAAAAGAUGAAAUGACUGAGGAAGAUAUCAAACUUCAAAGUGAUCUUGAAGCAUUGGUGGAAUAUUUAGAUAGCUCCAACACCUCACAACAAAUGCAAUCGUUAGAAUCAAUGCGUACAAUCAUAAGAGCAUCAACUACUUCAAUGACAUCGGUUCCAAAACCGCUGAAAUUUCUACGUCCACAUUAUGCGAAAAUGAAAGAAAUUUAUGAAAAAAUGGCCGAUGGAUUGGCUAAGAAGCAUUGUGCAGAUAUCAUUUCUGUGUUAGCGAUGAUUUCUGAUGAAAAAAAUGAUUGUAUUAAUUAUCGAAUCAAAGGAACUCGUGAACCAAUUGGUGACUGGGGUCACGAAUAUGUCAGGCAUUUAUCUAUGGAAAUGGCUGAAGAAUAUCGUCUUUAUGCAAGUGAUAUGACUUCAGCAGGUCAGCAGCAUCUCGAUGAAUUAGCUGAGCUUGUUCGUGAAAUAGUUGUUCAUAAUUUGAAACAUAAUGCUGAAGUUGAAGCAUGUGACUUAUUGAUUGAAAUUGAACGCCUUGAUUUCUUAAUCAGAUAUGUUGAAGAAGUCGAUCAUUCACGAGUUUGUCUAUACUUGUUAAGCUGUUCACCUUUGACUCCCGAUCCGGAUAAUCAUUGCCUAAUCAGGACAGCGCUAGAUAUUUACUCCAAGUUCAACAAACAUUUUGAGGCGUUGCGCUGUGCAAUAAUGUUGAACGAUGUGGAUGCGAUGCGUAGUGUCUUUCUGGCUACCAAGGAUCAAUCUGUCUUAAAACAAAUGGCUAUUCUUCUUGGUCGACAACAAAUAUUUCUUGAUAUGAAUGGUCUGGAAAAUGAAGAUAAAUUGGCAGAACUGAAUUCAAACGCCAAUCUUCAUACAUAUUUUCAUUCGUUAGCUAAGGAAUUAGAUAUCAUGGAACCGAAAACACCGGAAGGCAUUUAUAAAAGUCAUUUGGAGCAAAGCCGUCCAUUCACUAGCGCUUCUACUCCUGACAGUGCAAAGAUGAAUCUAGCUGCUGCAUUCGUCAAUGGCUUUGUUAAUAUGGGUUUUGGUGUAGAUAAAAUGAUGACAGAUGCAGAUGAGGCCAAUAGAUGGUUUUACAAAAACAAGGAUUAUGGAAUGAUGUCGGCCGCAGCUAGUCAGGGUUUAAUAUGGAGGUGGGAUAUUGAUACUGGUUUGGCGCAAUGUGAUCGAUUUCUUUACGUAAAUGACGAAUAUAUUAAGGCUGGUACACUUCUUGCAAUUGGAAUAAUAUCGUCUGGUAUACAAGAUCCUUGCGAUCCGGCGUCUGCUUUAUUACUUGACCAUUUGCCAUGUGAUCAACAUGUAGUGCAAAUUGGUGCUAUACUGGGUCUUGGUUUGGCUUAUGCAAAUUCUAAGCGUGAAACAGUCGUUAAAAAUGAUCAUGGAGGUGUUAUAUUUGAAAUGAGGCGAAUUCUUAAUGAUACAGUGCAUGUUUUAAAUAAUGAGGCGAGAGGAAUGUGUGGGCUAGCUCUCGGAUUUAUCUUAGUUGGUACUGCUGAUCAUGCUGUGGCAACUGAGUUAUUGCAAAUUUUAAUGGAGAAAAGUGCAAUUGAACUUCUAGAUUCAAAUAUGCGCUUCUUGGCUCUCGGCAUCGCACUUAUUUUCUUAGGCACGCAGGACAAGAGUGAAGUGUUUGUUGAAAGUUUACGUGUGUUGCCUGAACCAUUUGGAAGCAUGGUCUCUACACUUGUUGAUGUUUGUGCAUAUGCUGGUACCGGUAAUGUAUUAAAAAUCCAGAAAUUACUACACAUUUGUUCGGAGCAUUAUGAAACAAAAGAUACAAAAAAAAAGUCAAAGGAUGACAAAAAAAAGAACGAUUUAAUCGGCACUAGUGGUAAGAAAGAUGAUAAGAAAGAGGACGAUAAGAUUGACCAUUCAUCGCAACAAGCUGUCGCUGUUUUGGGAAUAAGUUUGAUAGCAAUGGGUGAGGAAAUUGGCGCACAGAUGAGCCUUCGAAUGUUUGGGCAUCUCAUGCGAUAUGGUGAGCCAGUGAUUAGACGUGCUAUCCCUCUAGCUCUAGCUCUUAUUAGCACUUCAAAUCCACAACUCUCAAUUUUGGAAUCGUUAUCGAAGUAUUCUCAUGACGCUGAUGCAGAAACUGCACACAAUGCAGUUUUUGCUAUGGGUUUGGUAGGUGCGGGUACAAAUAGUGCACGUUUGGUUGCUAUGUUAAGGCAGUUAGCUAGUUAUCAUCAUAAAGAUCAGGUAAGUCUUAUGCUGAUCAGAUUAGCACAGGGAUUAACUCAUUUGGGCAAAGGAACAGUGACGCUCAAUCCUUUCCAUUCAGAUCGUCAGUUAAUGUGUCCAGCUGCAGUUGCUGGUCUUUUUACUGCAUGUUUUGCAUUUUUAGAUGCCAAUAAUUCUGUUCUAAACAAUCGGCAACAUUAUUUAUUGUAUUCCUUGGUUUUGGCAAUGCAACCUCGAUUAUUGAUAACUUUGAUUGAGGAUGAAGAUGAUCCGAACAAAUUGAUUCAAAUUAAUGUUAGCGUGCGAGUAGGCCAAGCAGUGGAUGUUGUUGCUCAAGCUGGAAAGCCAAAGAUAAUAACAGGUUUUCAAACCCAUACUACGCCUGUUCUCAUGGCUUAUGGAGAACGAGCAGAAUUGGCGAAUGACGAAUAUAUAUCAAUGACACCUUAUCUAGAAGGCUUGGUAAUACUAAAAAAAAAUCCGAAUUACGAGUCGUUAGAAGCGAAAAAGUAA